AUGUCCAGCAUUAUUCACAAGGUCAAGGAUGCCGUGACCGGCCAUCAUGAUAAGGAGACUACCCAUGACUCCAAGACAUCCAACAAGAUCGAUGAUACCCGGGAUAGUUACGGAUCCUCCAACAACACCACAGACAACAGCAAAUACACUUCCACCAACGCAGGCUCCAACACUUCAGGCUCCAACGCUUAUGGCUCAGGCACUGGCGCCGGCUAUGAGAACACACCCACUACCGGUGCUGGAGGCUACGGCUCUGGUACUACUACCGGCUCUACCACUGGCCACGGCCACAGUUCUGGCACUAGUGGCCUAAACUCUGGUUCCGGCUACGAGAACACAUCCUCCACCGGAGCUGGAAACUACGGCACUGGUAGCACUGGCCACGGUGCCAACAGCUCUGGCACCAUCCAUGACUCCAAGAAGGGUCCCAUUGAUGUCGGCUCAGGAUCAUCCGGGAACUACGGUUCUAACACUGCUGGCGGAUAUGGCUCCAACACUGGCUCCAGCAACAUCAAUGCUGGCCCCCACGACUCGAAGCUAGCCAACAAGAUCGACCCCCGCGUCGAUAGCGACCUUGACAACCGAGGAAAGCAGGCUGGCGGCUUGUCUGGCGGCCGAGACACCUACGGCAGCAGCACCACUGGCCGCUCUACCGGAGAGACUGGCUAUGGCUCCAGCACCGGUCACUCUUCCGGACAGACUGGCUACGGCUCCAGCAACCCUUUGUCCAGUGGCACUACCGGCCACUCCACUGGUCACUCUGGCUACGAGUCCAACAACCCUUUGUCUAGCGGCACCACCGGCCACUCUUCUGGACAGACCGGCUACGGUUCCAGCAACCCUCUGUCAAGCGGCACCACCGGCCACUCUUCUGGACAGACCGGCUACGGUUCCAGCAACCCUCUGUCAAGCGGCACUACUGGCCACUCGACUACCCACGGCUCCAGCAACCCCUUGUCUGGCAGUGACACAUACGGCAGCAACACCACUGGCCGCUCCACCGGGCAGUCUGGCUAUGGGUCUAGCAACCCCCUCUCAAGCGGUACCACCGGCCACUCCACUGGCCACUCCAGCAACCCCUUGACUGGCAGCGAUACCUACGGCAGCAGCACCACUGGCCGCUCUACCGGACAGACCGGCUAUGGCAACAACCCCCUGUCUAGCAACACCACCAGCCACACCGGACAGUCUGGCCACGGGUCCAGCAACCCUCUGUCCAGCAGCGACAACUACGGUAGCUCCACCGGUCACUCCACCGGACAGACUGGUUACGGCUCCAGCAACACUGCCGACAACUACGGCAGCAGCACCACCGGCCGCUCCACUGGACAGUCCGGCUACGGCUCCAGCAACACUGCCGACAACUACGGCAGCAGCACCACUGGCCGCUCCACUGGACAGACAGGCUACGGCGAUAACUCCGGAGCCAGUGGCAGCAACUACGCCGAUCAGACCUCAAAGACUGGCAAUACCACUGGUCCCCACGGCUCUGACCUCUUGAACAAGCUUGACCCCAGAGUUGAUGCGAAGGACACCCUCGGCAGCCAGCGCAACUAUUAG